UUCACGGCCCGUUGUCAGCAGCCGGGCGAGUUGUGCAGUGAGCAUGCACUUCUUUCUGAAAGGCAGAGAGAAAUGUUGAGUCCGCUAGCGGCGAGCCAGCACACCUGCCACAAGCCGGGUGUUUUCUUACAGCACGGGCAGACUCGAGCUCUACUGAGGUGAACCUGGACUCUGUUGGGUGUGAUUUCUCCUGAAUGCACAUUCAAGCUUCUCUGCUGCUGGCAGAAGAGCCACAGAUGCGCUCAGCAAGCCGACUUUGCUGCCCUGCGUCUGUCCCAGCAAGCUGACCAGCGCUGCGCCCACGGGAAGUGGACACACACUUUUUAUUGACAGUGGUUUUAGUUUGAGGUCAACUGGAUUUUCCUUUUCCUGUUUUGAACGUUUGGGGUGAAGUGCAGCGUUUUGGAGUCAGAAUGAUGUCUCUUGUUUCGGCGUGUGUCUUAGUCCUUCUGCUGGGCUCAGGACAGACUCAGGUUGCCACACAACCUCAGGAGGAGACCCAGAAUCACAAUCAAGAGCCAGACAGCUCUGCCCCCCCCUGGAGACAGGUGAUACAGUGGGAGAACAACGGUCACGUGUUCAGCCUGCUGGACAGUGGAGCUGAGUUUGUCCCUGCUGGAGCUGGAGCCCCAGAACGAAGUCCCAGAGUGGUUUUGGCAGAUACCCGUCCAAGAUCUCCACGAAGACGUAAUGGAAGCAACCUCCGGAGACAAGCUCCACCAAGGGGCUCCUCUGAAACUGUCCGUGGGCAGGCAAGGCAUCCUUUUGGCUUUGGACAAGUUCCUGAAAACUGGAGGCAAACUGCAGGCAGCACAGGAAGGAGCCAGUUCCAAGGUUCCCCGAGCAGCCCCUUUCUUCCAUCCUCCUCUUCAAGCUUCUCCUCGUCUUCAUACAACGUUCCAGUAUACCCACAGUUCCCACUUCCUCAGCAGCCUCCUUUCCAGACUUUUGACCCUAGUUUUCCAGACGGCCCUGUAAGGCGCUACGAGCCUCCCUUCCAGCCUGUUGCUGGUGUGGGGUUUGGAGGUGGAGGCUAUGGGACGGGACAGGGCUAUCCUGCUGGUUUGGCCCCAGUGUUCCCAGGCUCUCCAUCUGAAUCGAAUGAAAACGGUUACUAUUACUACCAGUCCUACGGCUACGGGCCCAAUCCCAUCAUUCCGGCUCAGACUCACCAGUCAUCGUUUACAGAUGGUCUGGACCACAGAUACACUCACAGCAUCUACAAUGAGGAGUAUGCUCCUGCCAACCCAGUCCCCAUCCCCGAUGCCAACCAGGGCCCUCCUGUUGUGGUGGACAGAGCAGGAGCCGGUGGACUACCACCAGUCCGAAGCCCGCAGUACGAGCAGUUUCCUCCAUUUGGGAGACGCCAGCCUCCUUUCCUGCAGCCUUUUCCUCCGAGCAGAAACUCUCCAAACUCUGCCCUUGAAAACCCGAGCACCGGUGUUGGCAGUGUGUAUCGCCAAGAACAAAGAGGUUUGCCGGAUCUGGUUCCUGAUCCCAACUACGUCCAGGCUUCCACGUACAUCCAGAGAGCCCACAUGUACUCUCUCCGCUGUGCUUCAGAGGAAAAAUGCCUGUCCAGCUCUGCCUACAGCCCGGAGACCACUGACUACGACGUAAGAGUCCUGCUGCGAUUUCCACAGAGGGUGAAGAACAGGGGCACAGCUGACUUCAUGCCCAACAGGCCACGUCAUACCUGGGAAUGGCACAGCUGUCAUCAGCAUUACCACAGUAUGGAUGAGUUCAGCCAUUACGAUUUACUGGAGGUCAGCACUGGUCGUAAAGUGGCCGAGGGACACAAGGCCAGCUUCUGUCUGGAGGACACCACCUGUGACUUUGGUCACCUGAAGCGUUACGCCUGCACUGCUCACACUCAGGGUUUGAGCCCAGGCUGCUACGAUACAUACAAUGCUGAUAUUGACUGCCAGUGGAUCGAUAUCACUGAUGUCAAACCUGGAAACUACAUACUGAAGCUUCAAGUUAAUCCCAAAUUCUUGGUGUUGGAGUCUGACUACACCAACAACGUUGUCAGGUGUAAUAUUCACUACACCGGACGAUCUGUGACAACAAACAACUGCAAGACAUCACAGUCCUGAUCCAGCGCUGGAAGAUGGCCACAAUAACAAGACCCUGACUGGUUUUCUGUGACCUUGUGAAUGGAGUCCACUUGUUGGUUUGUUGUUUGUGUUGUUUUGGGAUCCUGAGCUCCUCUGGAUCUAUGAAUUUAAGGUUUGGAGUAAACCGAUCUAUAAUAGGUACUACACGUCAUUAUCCCAACGGUUCCUAGCUACAUUGUGUGAUCCUGGACUUUCUUCCUAGCAUUUCAUAAUGUAUCUCUACCAGAAGGUCUGAUCCCAUGCUUUAUUUUCCACAACUGGCCUUUAGGGCAGAAAAGGGUGUUUACUGAAUAUCCACACAGGUGAGUCUAAGCUCAGCUGCAAUCCAACAAAUAAAAUGAGGCAGAAAAGCUUUUGGUUUUCCAUGCAUCCAUGUGAGAGAUGCCCAGUGACUCAGAAGGACUGUAAUGUUCAGGUUUUUUUCUUUGUGGUUUCAUUUUCUCUGGAGCUGUCCUGUAGGAAAACGUCUACAGCAGGAGAACGACGAUGGGACAGAUGUACACGAGUAAUAUUAAACAGGAGACUGCCCAAAACCAGCAUCAGUGAAGGCGGUUAGGAACUGUGGGUUUGUUCUCCUAUCUCAACCUCUUCUUGCUUCCAGUAACGGAGCACACGUUUAGGAAAACAAAAGUCAGUUUGUCUGCAGAAAUAUUCGUCUCUCCCAACUGAACUAGCAACACUGGCCAUAUGGCACCUGUCUACGUCUUCAGGCACCUGUCUACGUCUUCAGGCACCUGUCUACUUCUUCAGGCACCUGUCUACGUCUUCAGGCACCUGUCUACGUCUUCAGGCACCUGUCUACGUCUUCAGGCACCUGUCUACGUCUUCAGGCACCUGUCUACGUCUUCGGGCACCUGUCUACUUCUUUGGGCACCUUUCUACUUCUUCUGGCACCUGUCUACGUCUUCGGGCACCUGUCUACUUCUUCGGGCACCUGUCUAAUUCUUCGGGCACCUGUCUACUUCUUUGGGCACCUGUCUACGUCUUCGGGCACCUGUCUACUUCUUCGGGCACCUGUCUACUUCUUCAGGCACCUGUCUACUUCUUCGGGCACCUGUCUACUUCUUCGGGCACCUGUCUACUUCUUCGGGCACCUGUCUACUUCUUCAGGCACCUGUCUACGUCUUCGGGCACCUGUCUACUUCUUCAGGCACCUGUCUACUUCUUCGGGCACCUGUCUACUUCUUCAGAGGAACCUUUGCUCAGAUAGUCCACUAAUGCAGGAUCUUCUUGAUAUAACUGAUUUUAAUUAGCUUUUCAUGUUGUCAAGUUACAGGAAUUAUGAAUGUUUUCUCUUGAUAAUCAUAAUAUUCAAGUAGUAAUAAUAAGUUUUGUUAGGGGUGGACAAAAACAAGUCCAAAGUGGCAAAGCAGCUGAGCUUUAAAGCCCAUCAUUUGGUUUGGUUUGUGUCAUUUAAAAUAGGUUUUGCACAUUCUUUGCUCGGCACAGCCCACUGCAAAGAUCGGUGCUACAAAAGCAUUUGCGGGGGUCAAAGUUCAGUCCGGUUGGGCUUCCAUGCAGUGAUGUGGUGAACACUUACACGGCCAAUAUCAAACAUCCCUAAAUCCUCCAAAACACGCCAGAGUGAUGUGGACCAUCCUGACUAAUCUGCAGCAUGUUGUUGUUUGGGUGACACAAUCUCAAUAUCAUAAUCUUCAAUAGAAAUUUAAAAAUUCAGCACUUUUUUCACUCUAAUAGCUUCAGUCAGAUGUAGAGUGGG